UCCCCCCUUGUAAGUAGGGCCAGCCCUAAUCCAGAGGCAGCCCAUCCAGUCUUCUUCCUGAAAUUUUAGCAACUAAAAGCAUUCUGUUUACAAUAAGAAAACCGUUCCCCCCCCACACACCCUGACUGGAAUGUCCCUGAAUAGGUUCAUGUUGACCCUCCCCGAAAUCAACCUGGAUGCUACGAGACUCCCGCGGUUCUUUUGUCUUUAGGCAGUUUCUUUCCUUUUGCCUUUUAAAAGAUACCUGUAACUGCUAAUCGGGGCUCUUUUCCUCCUCGGAGGCGGAGAGCCCGUUUGCGCAAACGUUCAAUAAACCCUCUUGCUAAUUGCAUCUGCCUGUCUGGGGUCUGGGUCUCUGGGGCGUCCACCGGGCCACGUUGGCACCCGUGAGCCAGGGUCCAACAUUUGGGGGCUCGUCCGGGAUCUGAGACGCCCCAGACUCAAUCCUAAGACCGGUAGGAGGUAAGACCGAGCUCGCUAAAUGUCAUAUCUGUCUCGUCCGUUUGUCUGACUGGCCGGGUCUGUUUUGUGCCGGGUCUGUAUUGUGCCUGCAGGACGCUGUACUCUGUAUUCUGUAUUUGGACCAGCGGGGGAGGCAGACGUGCCCGAGACCCCUGGUCCCCCUCCGGAGUCGGACUCCGGAGUGGUCUGGAAGAGGAACGGAGCCCCGGCACUCCCUCCUCUUCAGGGAAGGUCGUUGUUCGCGACCGCUCCCAUCUGAAUCUGCCGCGCCAGUCCUGUCGUUCGUGUGCGUCUGUUCGUUCCGUGUUUCUCUUCCUUUCCUGUCCUCCUCCUCACCGCUCACCCCUUCUCUACACCCAUGGGGCAGACUGUAACCACCCCUUUAAGCCUCACUCUAGAUCACUGGAAAGAAGUCGCCGGCCGGGCACACAAUCUUUCGGUCGAAGUCAGAAGACGAAGAUGGGUCACCUUCUGCUCCUCAGAGUGGCCGGCUUUCAACGUCGGGUGGCCCAGGAACGGAACUUUUAAUAUUGAUAUUAUCUUGCAGGUGAAGGCCCUGGUCUUCCAGCCAGGACCCAAUGGACACCUCGAUCAGCCGACCUGGGAUGACUGCCAACAGCUCCUGCAGACUCUCCUCACCACGGAGGAGAGACAGCGCGUGUACCUCGAAGCUCGGAAAAACGUCCCGGGGGCGGACGGGAGGCCAACCCAGCUGCCUAAUGAGAUUGAGGAUGUUUUCCCCUUGGUUCGCCCGACCUGGGACUACGACACUGUUGCUGGUAGGGAGCGGCUCCGUCUCUAUCGCCAGGUACUCCUAGCGGGUCUCAAAGGGGCAGGGCGUCGCCCCACCAAUUUGGCAAAGGUACGUGCUAUAGUGCAGGGAAAAGAGGAGACGCCGGCAGGUUUUCUGGAGAGGUUAAUAGAAGGCUACCGCAUGUAUACUCCCUUUGACCCCUUGGCUGAAGACCGCCAACCAGAUGUAAUUAUGUCCUUCAUUGGACAGUCGGCCUCGGAUAUUCGUAAUAAGUUACAACGGUUGGAGGGACUUCAGGGGUACACCUUACAGGACUUAGUGAAAGAGGCAGAGAAGGUUUUUAACAAGCGAGAAACUCUAGAGGAAAGGGAGGAAAGGAUCCGUAAAGAGCAAGAGGAACGGGAGGAUAAGAGAGAUAAAAGACGUAACAAAGAGCUGACUAGGAUACUGGCCACCGUAGUACAGGGCUCAGGGCAGAGUAAGUCAGGACAGAGUAGGGACCUGGGAGACAAAAGAGGACCACGGGUUGAACGAGACCAGUGUGCCUACUGCAAGGAAAAAGGACAUUGGGUUAAAGAUUGCCCAAGGAAGGGCCAAACGCAGGGACCUAAAAAGAAGCCCAUUCCUGUUUUGUCCCUAGAAGAUGAAGAUUAGGGGUGUCAGGGCCAGGAACCCCCCCCUGAGCCUCGGAUAACCCUUAAAGUGGGGGGACAGCCGGUGACCUUCCUGGUCGAUACGGGAGCUCAACAUUCAGUUUUAACUGAGGCAAAAGGACCCUUGAGCUCUAAAACGUCUUGGGUUCAGGGGGCAACUGGAGGCAAGUUUUAUCGAUGGACAACCGAACGGAAGGUCCACCUGAGCACUGGGCAAGUAACGCAUUCCUUCUUACUGGUCCCAGACUGCCCUUACCCUCUCCUAGGCAGAGACCUUCUUUCAAAAGUAGGGGCCCAGAUACAUUUUCAGCAAAAAGGGGCCACUAUUACUGGCGCGGGAGGGCAGCCCCUCCAGGUACUGACCUUGCGCCUAGAGGAUGAACACCGGCUGCACGAGGACUCUCCACCGUCCGUGCAGCCCCUAGAUUCUGAAUGGCUCACUAACUACCCUCAGGCCUGGGUGGAAACGGCCGGAAUGGGACUAGCUGUAAACCAGCCGCCCAUAAUUAUAAACUUAAAACCCUCGGCCACCCCCAUAUCGAUCCGGCAAUAUUCAAUGAGCAAAGAGGCCAAAGAAGGCAUUCGGCCCCAUAUACAGAGACUAUUACAAUUGGGCAUUUUAAUACCUUGCCAGUCGCCCUGGAAUACUCCUCUAUUGCCCGUAAAAAAACCCGGCACAGGAGAUUACCGGCCGGUACAAGAUUUACGAGAGGUUAACUGGAGGACAGAGGACAUACAUCCCACGGUGCCGAAUCCCUACAACUUGCUCAGCACCUUACCCCCAAGCCAUGUCUGGUAUACGGUGUUAGAUCUAAAAGAUGCAUUCUUCUGCCUGAGGUUAAGCUCUCAAAGCCAGCCUAUUUUUGCUUUUGAAUGGAAAGAUCCUGAGACGGGAUUCUCAGGACAACUCACUUGGACAAGGCUGCCACAGGGAUUCAAAAACUCCCCCACUUUGUUCGAUGAGGCCUUGCAUCGGGAUUUGGCAGAUUUCCGAGUUGGCCAUCCGGACCUCGUCCUCCUGCAGUACGUGGAUGAUUUGCUCCUGGCGGCUAGGACAGAACAGGAUUGUGUAAAAGGUACGGGGGCCCUGCUUGAGAGACUGGGAGAACUGGGGUAUAGGGCCUCUGCCAAAAAGGCCCAAAUAGGCCAGAGACAAGUGACCUAUCUGGGAUAUCUCCUGGAAGGAGGCCAGAGGUGGCUGACGGAGAGCCGCAAAAAGGCUGUAGCCCUGAUCCCAGCACCCACUAAUGCCAAAGGACUACGAGAGUUCCUCGGCAGUGCUGGGUUCUGCCGCCUCUGGAUACCCGGGUUUGCGGAGAUGGCGGCUCCCCUAUAUCCUCUCACGAAAUCCAACACCCCCUACCACUGGGGAAAGGAGCAGCAAUUGGCUUUUGACAAAAUAAAAAGGGCCUUAUUGACCGCCCCUGCCCUGAGCCUCCCAGAUGUAACCAAGCCUUUUA